GUAUGUGCGCUGGAUUAUCUUCGGUAAAAGCGAGCAGCAUGAUGGACACUUGUGGGAUUUGAAGUUCGAUGAACGCAACUGAAAUCGGAGGUUUGAGGAAGAUACAGUUUGGAGGAUAAAGCGGCUACAAACUUAUUUAGCAAAGGAUGAUGGAGGAUAGACAGUUGGAGAGAUCAGAGGCGAAGGAUUUUAAAGAUCGCCCUCAAUUGUUUACCUACUAUCAAGGCGACAUCAACACAGCUGUGGAUGAGCACUUCUUCCGUGCCCUGAACAGGUCAACCAUACCAAAAGACCUCAGCACUAAAGCCAAGGACAGCAACAGGACUUCUGAUGUCUCCCCAUCAUCUUCAUCAUCAUGGGCUUCGGGUCUAGCAUGGUCUAAGUCCUCACAUUAUUCCAACCCCUCAAAGCUGACCCAACUGACAUCCAUAGACAAUUCUCCUCCAUCCCAGGGAGUGAUCAUGAAUCCCCCAGGAAUAUCUUCAGCAUCAUCACUCUGGCCCUGUACCUCCAGACAAGGCACAGCCUUUGAACUUCCUCUGUCACUCUACCAACAACCUGCCGCUGCUGAGAGCAGAGCCAGCUCUUACAUGAAUCUGUUACAAAUAGAGCGGCAAACAGGGGGCAUCAUGAUCUCACCAUUUUCAAAAUCAGAUGCCAGGCCCGAGUGGAAUGCUGGGGCAGCCUUUAAAGACACAUCUGGAAGCAGGAUCGGCCUAGAUUCAGGUGUGCCAGUUGCAGAAAUUAGUAAGGAUUUGUACUGGUAUUGAAGAAAUGAUUUCUGGCUUUAUAAUAAGAAUUAGUUUUUUCUUUUGUUUUUUUGCACCAGACUGCCUCAUACUGUGUUCACAUUAUGUAAGCCUAAGAAUGCUAAGCUUCUGAACAUUGGCAGAAUGACUCAAACCCAUUACAUUCAUGGUGUUACAAAUUCCUGCGUGAUGAAUGGCAGUCAGUUGCUUCUUUUAGCCACCAUGAGUGUGUGAAUACGUUAUCUUUACACUUAAUAUGACACUUAAUAUGACGUGAGAAAACCUGAUUUUAAAUUCCUCAGUUCUCUUAGCUGUCUUAUGGGUUAAUUGGAAAGUAAAGCCUAUUUAUAUGAGUAGAUAAAGCUUAUUUGCAAUCCCAAGGACAAUGUCUUUGCUUUGAUGACAGUUGUACCAAACAUUAUUUUUGUAAUAUAUUCUAUAUUUUGAAAGUCAGUCAAUAUUAUUGCUGUAGACUGUAAUUAUCUCUAUGGAAGAGAUGUUUGUAAUGUUUCAGUGGUGUUAGUUUCUGUCAUAAGGCAAAAAUGACAGUGGAAGUCAUUUGACAAAAAUAAAUUUUUCACUAUUUUUAUAAGAACAUCUUUGUUUGAGGAGUUCCUCAUAAUUAGUAUACCUUGGGGGAUAGAAAAAAAGUCUUCAAAACUAUUUUUGCAUGAGUGGUUACUCUUCAGGCAUAAUACACAGAAGGCCAUAGUUCAAGUUUCAGAAAGUGAACUGACAUGAGCAAACCAAAACGAAGUUUCUCUGAAACUCUGCACAAAUGUGAUUGAACUUGAUCUUCACAAACCUGUUUGCUCAUAAACUGCCAUCAACUUUUCCCCCUAGAGCAUGUACUGUACGGUUUGCACAGCCAUGAUGAAUUUCCUUUAUUUACAAGAAUAGUAGUUCUCUACUUUUCCAAUUGAUUGAAUUCAUACACUGUAUGGCUGAGUGCAAUCACUGUAGUCAUUUGGGACAGACCUAUUGUCUUUUUUGUAUAUCUUCUUCCACUUUCACACAUUUGAAUUAUUUUAGAAGUGAUGUUUAAAGCUAGACAUGUGAUUUUGAGCACAAAAGAACCAUUAAUCCACAAUUAUGACAUUUUCAUUGUUAGUUUUUUGUGAAGCACAGAACUACCUAUUUUAACUCAUUUUAAAUGCUGUAAUUUAGCGGUCAUCUUAUUAGCCUGUUGUUCAUUGUAAAAUAUCAAUAUAAAAAUUCUUAUUCAACGUGCUUUUUAAGGGGAAGAUGUCCACCUUAAGAACAAUGUGCAUUUACUUUUACAUUUGAACAUGUUUAGAUAUAAGUGUAGAAUGCAUCAUCCUGUAUAUUAUAAUGGGAAAUAAAUAGAAACAUUUGCUAACUAUUUGUCAUACCACAAAUGUUUAUAUUAUAAAAAAGGUGCCAUUCUCCCCCACCUCUGGGGUAAAAUGACCCCCUACCUGGGACAGAAUUGUGAGGAAAAUAAUGAAUUUAAUCCAUUUUGGAAUAAGGCUGUAACAUAACAAAAUGUGGAAAAAGUGAAGCGCUGUGAAUACUUUCCGGAUGCACUGUAUAUAUUAAAGGCUUCUUAUGUUCAAAUUCUCUUGGGUUUAAUCUGUGGGUCAUGUCCGCAUAUCAGUAAUUGCAGCAGCUGGCCUGCACUACUUUCCCUUCAUAUGUUUCAGUCUUUCCAAUGUGCCUUUCACAUCUCCUGAGUGUGUUUGUACUGUAAAUGAGAAGAUGAUGUGAGAUUUUCUCAAAGCACUUGCCCUAGUGAA